AUGGCGCCAGCGUCACUUCUAGACAUGGCCACAAGGACGGCCAUUUACCAUCGUGCCAGUAUCUUCGAUGUUGCUGAUAUGUCAUAUCAACUUGCGAAGCCUAUUCUGAGAAGACUGGACGAUCCCGAGCAACUGCAUGAAGUUGAGCUUAAUUGUCCUCAGAUAGCGACAGAAGAUGAAGAACUCUGGAUCGCAUUCAUCGACCGCGAGGCACCGGACUGGCGACAGAAAUAUCCCGUGAAGCCAACUACAGCAAUAAAUUAUAGAAUAUUCCGAAAAAUCUCCAACCUGAGGAAAAAGGACGAGCAUGCAGCAGAGGAGGCAUUACGGCAGCAGUUCCAAGCACUGGAUCAAAAGAAGAAAAUGAACGAGACGCAAAUCACAGCAAGGCCAUUGCCAACCCCUAUUGAAUAUGCCAACGGCAGAAAAGUCGGCUUCGGCUCCUCGAAGAGACCCACUUACAGCAGAUCGGUUCCACGUCCUGGUCUCGCGAAUAACGGAAUAGCUGCGAUUCGCAGGAAAGCAGCGGAAGCAGCCCACGCUCGGCGAAUACAGCAAGCAGUACGCAAACCUUCGGAUGCGGAAGUUCUUCGUAACGCCAAAGCACAGAUCAGGCAUGCGCCGUCGAGCAUGGUGGUUGACUUAUUGCCUCAAACAUCACGGGCUCAAUAUUUACAGAAAGCACCGCUACCUACGCCGCCUAAUCUCGCGGGUCCCGCACCUCGUCACUUUGCAAUCCGGAAGAAGCCAGAGCAGCAGAUGCUUGAUCAGGCAAAUCGUAUCAUAGACGAAGAUCGCCGUCGAAAGGGUAUUCCCGGUCUCAAGACGGCCCCAGAAUCCGAAAAUGGUGCUGUCUCGCCUGGCAAAGAGGCGCCCCGACCUGCGCCUACGCUGACGCCACGCAAGAGGGUGCCUCCAUCUAUCUUCGCACCCACCAAACGGCGAAAGCUCUGA